CGUGUUUUGUAAACACAUGCGCAUGCUGUGGGAUAUGAAAUCAUCGCCAAAGUUGUAGGUACCUGUGAACGACGGAGAAAGCAACUCGCUUUAAUGGUGGAGAUAUGGCGGGGCGAGGCGUUACAAAAGUUGUCAACAGGUGCGAACAGGCGAAAGAAAAUCGACGUCUGGACUUGUCAGAAUGCCAGCUGACUCAGAUCCCAGAUGCCGUUUACCUGCUGAUGAGGAACACUGAGCUGGAAACAUGUGACAUCUCUCUGAACCUUAUCAGACGAGUGCCUGCCAAAUUUGGCACCAAGUUCCCACAUCUCAUGGAGCUGCACAUCAAUGGUAACAAGCUGACAUCACUCCCGGACGAGCUGCGGGACAUGCACAACCUGAAGGUGCUGGACAUAUCCUGCAACAGCUUCGAGUCGCUUCCCUCCGUCAUAUUCACCUUCAACAAACUGCGCAAUCUCAAUGUGGAGGACAACAGCAUAACAGAUGUUGACUCGAGUCGGCUGCAGUCCAUGACGUCACUGGUGGAAGUAAACCUGCAGGAUAAUCCCCUGACCUUGACCUCGUAUCGCAGCCUGAUGGAGAUACGGCUCUAUACUGUCCUACUUACACCUCAAGACAAAGAGUUGGACUCCGUGGACUGACACUGAAGAUAUCUCAGACAUAUAUCACAUGAGUGGCCAGUCAACUGUCUGCACAAGCCAAUAUUUCUUCUUACUUGGAUCAUCAAUCAGCCUGCUCCAAUGAUUUUUAUUUUACAAUGAUUUAAUACAGAUUUCUUUUUUUAUCCAGGUAUGACCUGUUAAGAAUAAAUUGUAUCUUUUAUAAACAGUUCACAAGAUGGGGAAGAGAAAGGCUGGGAAAUAUGAAGGAAUAGUGUUUGUAUGCAUUUGCAUCAGAGAUGUCCAUUUUUUAAUACAAUAUUCAACCACGAAUUUGAAAAAUAAUAAAUUAUGAGAGGUGUAUCAGAAGGUUUCAAACUACAAUAACAACCUCUGAUGGAAACAUCUCCUUGGAAGCUCACGUUUAUAGAAAAUAUUUCUUUCUCAUUGUCAGUAGGCAUUUUUAAAUAACGGUAUGUGCAAUAAUAGGUUACAAACUGCAGAGUGGUUGCUUGAAUUAUUAAAAGUAAGUGUGGCAAUGCAUUUUGGGCAGAAAACAUGAUAGAAAACGACCAAGAGUGUAAUUUGUGAUUUAGAGACAACAGAGAGCUUGAAACAUUACGCUUUUCUGUAUCCUCCUGUGCCUUGCAUGUUCGGUUCCAAAUUCUAUUAAGUUUGGUUAAAUCUAAAGGUAACAUAGUGCUACAGUGUGCUUAUCUCAAAAAUGAAUUUGGUUCUUUUUUUUCCAACUUAAUUCAGGGUAUCCGACUGACUGUAAUAUAAGUUAUAACAAAAAUUAGGCUUUAGUUGCAAUUUUAUCAGACGUUGACCCUGGUAUGAACUCUUCCAAGUGUCUGUGAAGGCUGUCAACGUCCUUGUAUUUCCGGUAUUGUGCCCUUCACAGGUAUUAGUUGGAAGGUAGUUUAAUAUUUAUUUUACCUAUUUAUGUUUUUUACACAAACUUUCAUGAGUUUUCUUGAUGAUUAGUAACAGAUGGGAUUAAAGAACAAAUCAGGGUCGCAAUAAGUGAAAUGGCUCUGUCACGUUACAAAACAAAAGUAUUUUGUUUUUGCCCCCUCAGCAGUGCUGAGAAAACUGAAACAAUCCAGGAAUACUAUGGGUAAGCUGGAGGGCAGUGUUGUUGUGAAAGUCUGAUACAGAUGGCUACCUGUUUUUGAGAGUCACUGAUCACAGUUAAUGUCGGUUGUACAUGUUGAUUGCUGCACAAAUAAUUUGUUUCAGCUUUGUAAUUCUUUGAGUAAUGUACUAAAUGUUGAUAUAUUUAUUUAUCAGUGUUACCAAAAAGAUCUGUUAAUGUUUUAUGUUCCUUAGUUUACUGCCACAAGAACUGUAUCAGUUUUGUCAAGAAGAAGUGGUACAAACAUUACUGAUGGUGUGAAAUGUGUUUUGGAUGAUUGUUCAGUGGUUUGAUGAAGUACACCAAAACGCUUUUGAUAACACUUUUGUUGCCAUUUUUUAGGAACUGCUUAGUGCAUCAUAGAAACAGUAUGUUGAGUAAUAUCUUGUUGAAUCCCAAGUGCAGAGAGGGAAGUAUUCUUGCAUCCCAAUAAUACAGAUUUUCACAAAAAAUGUAAUCGCGUCAUACCAUAGGCCCCCACAGCAGUUUCUCAGAUGUCAGGUGAUGAUGUUGGAGAUUUUGUGAGUGCUUCUGGUGGAGCCAAUAUUGCACUAGAAAUGUUAGUGCCUGAAUACAAAUAUAACAUCAGUCUUAUGGAAUUGUUCAAUUAGAGUCUAUUUCAGUUUCAAAUACUGGGAGAUAUGUGUUGCUCGUUGGUCUAAGGCUCUGAAAGUUGUUGUACAGGGUUGCCUCCCUUACUUGCAAGGAUCAACAGGCCAUAUUCAUGACUGAAAUGCUUACAAAGCAGCGUUACUUCCAACUCUCUCACUCAUUCACAUUUGGUCCAUGUGCAAGUGAAAUAUGUAGACUUUUGAUGCAUUAAAUGCCAUUUGUUGUUUUUGUGUUGAAGAUAAAUGCAUGGUUGUUGUGGCCGCUCCUCAAGACUCCUGUGUUCUGCACUCUUGCACAGUGUGUGGACUUUCAGCACUUAUAACAGAUAUUCACUUUACAUCAUGACCAGUGUAACAGUAAGUCAGGAGUCCUAUCACUAUGUAUCUUGUAUGAUAUUAAGCCCAAAAACAAGGUAUUAUGUUUCUGGUGUUUUGGUUUGGCAGUAGUGUGAUGUCUACACUUCACUAGACAAGCCCAAAAGGCCUUAUAAUCUCUCCUCCAAUCCAUAACAUGCAUCAGGUGCAUUUUGUACUUUCAGUAACCUGCUCUUGGUACAAAAUCAGAAAAAAUAAAGCCCAAUGCAUGGGUUAUAUCUGAUGCGGACAAGGACCAGAGACAUAAUACCUUUUUCUGCCUUAUAUGCAUCAAGAUUUCACCAACAUUUGAUGUAGAUUCUUACUGCAUCUGCUUAACCCAUUUUUUCUGUUCAGAAGUUGAGCACUAUCAGCUGCACUAACUCCUGUGUGUUGGCCUUCAAAUGUGUUUAUUUUUUAUUCCUAUCAGAUCCAAAACUGUGUUCAUGUGGUAUACACAUGAUAGACUUGAUAUGUGUAAAUAUUAAUAAUAAAACUCUUAUCUGGAGUGUACUGAUUGUUACUGCGCAUUAUGCCAACCUCGAUUAUCCAGAGUAAUAUAUGUUCUUUCUAUUACAAUAAAUACCUUGGUCUGUCUUUGCCAGCAAAGCUUUGUUUUCAGCCCUGUUUGAAUGACAAAAUGAAAUUAAUAGCACUACAGUAAAUUACAUUGUUAUUUCAUGAUUAAAACAAGUACUGGAGGCAGCUUGUGAAAAGCUCAAAUACAGCUGGGAAUGCCUGACAGCAUAAUGACUUCCACCACACUAUCUUAAUAUUUAGGAACACAUCUUUUCCAGCUGAAGAUUUAAGUCUUUUGAUUUGAUUAAAUAUUUUAAGUCUUGUACAAGACAGCAGUUUUGAAUGUGGAUCUAGGCUGAACAUUUAGAAGAGUCAUUUUCAUUGGUUGUUGGUUUUAAAGGGACAGUUCUGUGUUUUUAAAUUAUGCAUGUAAUAAUUUCUUAGUGUGACGUCACAUGCGUGAUUGAAUUUUCAAAACAAAACAAUAGAGGUCCGCACAACAAAGCCGCCAAUGCCAGACUAGACUGGCUUCAGUCAUGUUUUUUAUUAGGGCAUUGAAGAGAAAGCUUCUGUUUUUCUUACGAAUGAGUUACAAAAUACUUAUUGCGUUUUCAUCUAUUUCAUUUUGGACGAGUCUACACAUUUAGAUAAACAUAACUUUCAUUGAGAAAAGAUCCUAAAACAUGAAAUACUAUUUCCAUUUGCAUAUCUAUACACUGGACAAUUGAAAAUGGAAUUGUUAAGGGGCAUUUGCGAUUAUAUUCAAUAUUUAUAACAUGAUACGGCGAGGCCAAUUAUUGUUCUUGUUUAUGGAUGUCCUCGACAAACAUGCAGGAGCGAAUAUUUAAUAAACAUUUUUUGUCAGGGUUGUUUUCUCAAUUAAUUUUUAUAAAAAGGAAAUCUGAAAAGAUAUUUAAAAUAUGUAUCUUUUUAAUUUAUGUUUUUACCUUUGCACACUUAAGGUGCAUCAGUAAAACAGGGCCCGGCCUGGAUGAAUAUUUUUGUAGUUUUGUAGAUUUAUCAUUUUUUUACAGUGAGUGCGAUGUAUUCAUAUGUAACUUGAUACAGCCCAGUUUGUUACCAUAGUUACUGUGUGUAGUUGUUAUACGAAAUAUAUUUACACUUUUUGUCUUAGAGAUACAGUAGUUUUACUGUUCACAUUAGAUAUUUGAAGUUGUGAAAUUUGUUCUUUUUCAUCUUUGUGCAUAUGUUUAUGCUUUAGACCACAGUAAGAAGGCCAUAAUUAUCAAAGUGGGUAGGUUAGUAAUUGUAGCCUAAGUUUGAGAAAGAUAAACUUCCCUUUACUGUCUUCAACAAGUUCAAGUAGCUGUCAAACCCAAUAGGGACAAUCUAUUUAUGGAAUUUGAGACAUUUUUCUCAAAUUUUGUUUUGUUUACCUCAAAAGACUGUUUAUCUUUCAUUUUGAGUUCUUGAGAUACUGGGGGCACGGGUGGCCCAGUCGUCUAAGGCGCCGCGACUCGCUGU